CUACACUCCAUAUUGCCUUGGUCAGAUCUCAAAAACAUCGCACAAACUGGAUAUACCAGUAAACACAAUAGUUAUCGCAUCAUUUUCUCAUGCCCUUGGUAAUUCUCCACGGACCAGCCAUCUUCACAUACACCCUCGCCAACAUCAUCCUCGACCUGGGCGCCUUCCGAAACAGAACAAAUAUCCUCAUAGUGGAAACUCCAGGCGAGAACCAAUCCCAAUUUUGGUGUUACAACCCUACCAAUGAUUGCACUCAGUUUAUUCUUCACGAGAACCACAUUCUUCCCGUAGAGAGCAUGGUCCGUUCACACGGAAGGGACACGAUGAACAUGGAUAGAGUUCCUAACUGCAUUAUAUCGCUAAAGCUAGGUCCUCAUAAACCCCAAGGUUUCCUCUACAACCCGUCGGUAUACCUUCACCACCUACGGGCUAAGCUUGGGCAGACGGGCCUGGUCUCCUACACAUCGUUGCUCUCGCAUUACGAACUCUCGCAUCACUCACUCGACCGUUUGGCGCGCCAAUUUCAGGGCCAAGUGAUGACAUUUGACGCACUGAGUCUUGCAGAGCAAUCCCACUUGCUCCGACGCGCCGGCUCCGGGGUAUCCCUCUGCAACAUGCACUGCACCAACUUUGACCUCCCGCGUCUGUGUUUGGUGCCCAAUCGCGGCGGUGAAACGUACCAGAUCACCGGAAACUUCCACAGCCAGCUUACGGAGCAUUAUGUAGUACAAGGGCCCACGCUCACGAGCCACACUCUGGCUCUUGCAGAAUGCUUGCGCGUGGGGUUCCAAGUGUAUGAGGAGAUCAUCUAUCCGAAGUUCAUCCAUGGAGAAUUCCAUGCCAACUGGCAUAAAAUAUGAGAGCGGAAUGGUAGUUCAAACUUUAGACUUUUAGCGAUUAAACUUCCCUUUAAUGGGAACUAUGUUGUCGCUAUAAGGAUUCAACAUUGAGAGUUUGCCAGCAGAUUCCCUGCCAGCAGCAUUGCGGCCUUAAGCUUUUACUAUAACCGAAAUCUCCCGAAAUAGGUAGAUGAGCCAAUUACAUGUGUUUCUACCAAGUAUGAAGUUUAGUAGGGCUUUCAAUGCGAUUGCCAAGUUGCACUAAUCCUGAAUCUAACUCAACCUUAAAGCGUGG